CUCGUUCGAGCAGUUACAGCUUGAGUCGGAGCAGAAGAGUCAUCGUUAAUUGAUGGUAUUUUUGUAAUCGUUUUUAUCAAGAAAAUACAAUGGAAAGGUGGUCAGGAAAAGUUGCGGUUGUAACUGGUGCAUCAUCGGGUAUUGGAUUGGCAACGGCAAAAGCUUUAGUCCAACAUGGAAUGACGGUCAUUGGAUUAGCCCGAAGAGUCGAUAAAAUGGAGAAUGAAAUGAAAGCAGUGAAAGGAGCAGGAAAAUUUUUUGCCAAGUCAUGCGACAUUACAAAAGAAGCUGACGUCAUUCAAGCUUUUGAGUGGAUAGAAAAAAACUGUCAAACCGUCCAUCUUCUUGUUAACAACGCGGGUACCAUGAAAUGUGCGACUAUUGAAGAAGUAAAAACUGAGGACAUGGUAAAUAUCAUAAAUGUCAACAUCAUGGGAUUGUUGCAUUGUACACGUCAAGCUUUGCAUUUGAUGAAGAAAAAUGGCCACGAGGCUCACAUUAUCAAUAUCAACAGCCUUGCAGGUCACAAAAUUUACGAUUUGGACGAAUCCGUGAACGUCUAUCCAGCCACGAAGUUUGCUGUCAGAGCGAUUUCCGAAACUCUGGCCAACGAACUCAAAGGAAAAAGUAACAAAAUAAGAGUGACCAAUCUGAGUCCCGGAGCGGUGAGAACGGAAAUUUUUGAGGUAAGUCAAUUGAAGCCCGAGACCAUUGCUAAUUUCCUUUACUUGGAACCGGAGGACGUAGUUUCCAUGAUACUGUAUGCCAUUUCGGUUCCUCCACAUGUACAAAUCAAUGAACUUACGAUCAAUGCAAGGGGUGCGUUUUACGAAAAAAAGGCAUAAUUUAUAUAUUUUUUAAAACCUUUAACAUGUAAAUCGGUUUACACAGUUCAAGUCUACGAUGUAACUGCGCUACAAAAUCUUGAAUUUUUGAGCCAUCGUGCAAAAUCUCAGUAUUACAUGUAAUAAUAAAUUAAAAUAAAAAAAUCAGCUUUACUAAA